AUGGCUACAGAGCUCCCUCGUCGCCGGCGUGCCCCUGCUGAUGGCAAUUGUUCAAAUCCUCCCUCUCCCCAGGGCCCUAGAGCCUCUCGAACUAUCCUUGAUACUCCGCGCCGUACAAAGCUCCUUGCUGAUGCACGAGCUUACGCAGGCAAAAUGCCUCGAAAAGAGCUAUUUAAGAUACAUAACGUAGCCGAGAGAACUGGCUACCAGAUUCUAAAGGAAGGAACUAUGCGCCGUGGCCCUGGCGUUCAUAACCGUGGCCGAAAGCGAAUUUUAAAGGAUCAUCAAUGCGCUGCAAUUGAAGCCGUUGAAGAUGCAAAUUUCUUCUUUGCUGCUUCAAGUCAUUAUAGAAUAGCAAAGGACAUUGGUUUAGCAAAUGGAUCUGAACGUGCUAUCCAAAGAAAUAUGACAGAUUUUGGUGUGGGAACGUAUCGCGCACAGCAGAAGAAAUGGCUGCCAGAGUACUCAAUUAAAGCACGCAAUCUUUGGGCAUUUGAACAUCGCUAUCACAACCAAGAAGACUUCAAGAAGUAUCGUUGGUGUGAUGAGUCGCAUUUUGCUACUGGCCUUGCCUAG